CUUUGUUUAAAUUUUCUAUAAGCAUUUGGUCAACCAAUAAUGGAGACCCUCCUGGAAGAAUUUCAACAUCUUAAAAUUCAAUUGGAAACGAUAAAGUUAGCCACAAAUAAUUUUGAUAACAGCAACGUUAUAGGAAAAGGUGGAUUCGGUGUCGUGUACAAAGGAGUACUCUUUCACUCUAAGGGGGGAAGCGUUGCUGCUUUUAAGCGUCUAGAUCGCAACUAUGGUCAAGGAGAUGUCGAGUUUUGGAAAGAGAUCCUGAUGCUUUCUCGUUACAAACAUGAAAAUGUCAUCUCUCUCUUUGGAUUUUGCGAUGAGUAUGGGGAGAAGAUACUUGUGUAUGAGUAUGCAUCAUAUGGAAGCCUUGAUCGACAUCUAAAUACAACUACUCUCACAUGGAGGCAACGUCUCAUGAUAUCUCUUGCAGCUGCAAAGGGACUAAGCUACCUUCAUGAUCCCAAGGAGUCACAACAAAUAGUUCUUCAUCGGGAUGUAAAAAGUUCCAACAUUUUACUCGAUAAGAACUGGAAUGCUAAAGUUUCAGACAUGGGACUGGCGAAAUUAGGACCUGCUAAUAAGAAGGACACAGUUAUUGUCUCUAAUGUUGUAGGUACAGCUGGCUACAUAGAUCCAAUAUGUAUGGAGACACGCAUCCAAACGAAAGAGUCUGACGUAUACUCUUUUGGGAUUGUUUUAUUUGAAGUAUUGUGUGGGAGACUAUGCUUUGAAGAUAUAAAUGACCAUCGCCAUUGUUUAGUACCAAAGUGGAAAAAAUGCUACGAACAAAAGAAAUUAGAUGACAUUGUUUUUCUAAAUCUGAAGCAACACAUGGACACGAGUUCACUGGAAACAUAUUCAGACAUUGCAUAUCAUUGUUUGCAGAAAUCCAGUGAAGAACGACCAAAAAUGUGUGAUGUUGUGGAAAAACUUAAGAUUGCUCUUCGGUUUCAGGAGAUAUUUGAAGGGGUGGGUUUUAAAGAGAUUAUUAAGACCAUGGUACCUCCGGUGGUGGCCUACACAUCCAUUGAAGAACUAAGAAUGAUUCUCUCCAAAGGAAUCCUUGUGAAUGAGGGUAAAACGUGGUUUUCAUUAAAUAAGAAUGGGGAACACUGUGAGUUGAUAUCCGCAGAAGCAUGUCUGAUUCCUACUUGCUAUAAAUCUCCCAUGUUUCCAUUUUAUGGUCGAAUGAAAUCAAGAUUUGUAGUAGACAACAAUAAACCAUAUUGUUGGAAAUUUAAAACUCAUGUGGAAACACAAUUUUUGUCACCACAUAUGACAUAUACUGUAAGCCUUGUGUUCGAUUUUGCUUACACAAGUAAGGACUAUUUAGGCCUCACUUACAUUUUAGUUGGGGAGACACAGCCUUUGACUGUGUACCAUGUUGAUAAGAGAGAAGACGGAUGGUCAGUGGCUGAUCUUUAUCAGUUUACUUGCGAUGGGAAAAAUGUUGAUCAUGAAAUUAUGUUCAAUUGCAAAUGUUUAUUGGAAGUAGAUGGCAUUGAGUUUCAGCCCCUUGAGAGAGUGGAACAUGAAGUGUUGGGCGAUGAGAACAUGGAUAUGCAAAGCAGAUCACAUUCAGACACAUAUUGGGAGCAAAAAUUGCCAAAGGAUUGUGAAGAGAUAAUCAUGUGGUCAAAAGAUAGGGUGUCAUGGACAACAAAAAAGGAACUCUACUCUAUUCUUCGCAAAGGGUUCCUAAUCAAUGAUGCUAAAGAGUGGUUUUCUCUUGAAAAGAGUGGGAAGAAAUGUUAUAUGGUACCAGCAAGAGUGGCUUUGAAAAGAAAAGAGUGGAGAUGGAGGUCAUUACCCAAAUCAAGAUUUGGAAAAGUGGCUUUAGACCCUCUUGGCAGCUUUUCGAUAAACUGCAGCUCCAAAAUGUUGUCGCCCCAAACAACAUAUGCAUGUUAUCUUGUUUACAAAAUAAAACAAAACCAUGAGUCUCCUGUGAAAGUGAACAACGUAAUGUCUACAGCUCCUUAUCACACACAUACAUGGUAUAUUUAUUUACUUAGUCCACAAAUCCCAAUUAUUAGACCAAAGAUUCAUCACAACACCCACAAGCCAUUGAAUAGAUCCAAGAAGAAAGGCCUUCCACAAGAAAGGAACGAUGGUUGGAUGGAAGUACAAGUAACCGAAUUCCAAACUGACACUACCAAUGAACUGAUUUUCGAGAAUCUUCAAUUGACCUUUCCCGAAAACAAGAGGCAUAAAGGUCUUAUUGUACAAGGCAUUGAGUUCAAACCUGUAUAGGUUCUUUUAUUUAUGACUAGAAAUUGCCCCCUUCCCAUUUCGGGGGAUGCAGACGAGGUUUUGCUUACUAUUUUCUAGUCAUACAAAAGAAAGUACUAAUUUUCUAUUAGUUAAGGACUACUUUUGUAAUUUUUUUAAAAUAUGGAGCGUUUCUGUAAAAAAAAUACAUAAUGACAUUUUCUAUAAUUUAUA